CGUAGAUAGACACCUAAUGUGUAUGUUCAAUACCGACGUAUGUAUAUAAUCUAGGGAUGUGAUAUGUAUAUAUUUGUAUCAAUGUCCACUACGCAUUGAUAAACUAAGGAUUUAUUCUUUGUGUUACUGUACUAGGCCAACAUUAGUUAUACUGUUAUACGCCCUUUAACAGGAUGUCCGACAAUGUUGAACUGCCGCCUCCCACAGAUCCCAACCAGCCCCCCAAAACGAACGUUGCUAUCCGGUCUCCAGGAGAAUCCAAAGUCGUCAUUGAUCCGGAUGGCGAUCUCAACUUAGUCGUUGGGAGUCGGGACUCUCGUACCUUUGUUGUCUGUUCCAAAGCACUCGCCCGAGCAUCUCCGGUUUGGAAAACGUUACUCUACGGCGGGUUCGCAGAGUCCAUACAGCCCGAUAGGUCCACCGGUAAGGAAUGGAUUGUCAACCUCCCAGAUGAUGACGCAGCUGCGGUGCAGAUAAUUCUCAAUAUUCUGCAUUAUCGUUUUGACGAAAUCCCUAUAUCAGCCCACACUAUUUUGAGCGACAAAUACGACCUUACUCGGCUCCUUCGACCCUGGGUCAGAGGGUGGAGAGAUGGUCUGGCAGAGUGUGUCAAAACUGAAACAUUGACUGUGUUUGGUAUAGAGUGUCUGUCCUGGAUUACAUGGGAAUUAGGCUUUGGAGACUGAUUUCAUAAGCACGACCAAAUACCUGGUCCAAAACAGUAUGACGGAUGAUGAAGGAGGAUUAGUACGCUCCGAUACGCACAAGGCUUUAUUUUAUCAGAGUAUCGAGCCGGGAGAUCUUCGAAGUCAGUAGCA